AUGAGCUUUCUCUUGGCUUCUGCCUCUCAAGAAGUAAAAGUAUGGGACUUGGUCGCCUCUUCUGCCACAGCUAAACCGACUGGCAAUGCUUCUUUUCCUGAACAAUUAUAUGGCGUUGAGUUAUCUUCGUUUGUUCCUUCCAACCGUGCAGGAGUGAGAUGUGCACGAUGGAGUCACGACAAUCAGCUAUUAGGUGUAGGGCAAAAAGGUUCCGUGUCAAUCCAUGAUCAUAAAGGAACAAUUGUUGAGCAGAUACCUUUACACAUUGAAAAGGGUUCGGAAUAUCCGGAUGUCAAAGCGGUCAGAUUUAACAAUAAAUCAAAGUGCGUAAUGUUUGGAGGGUCAGAUAAAAUCGUUUACGUAUGGGAUCGAACUGAAUCACAGUAUGAUGAGCCUUUGAAGGGCCAUCGGAGUGCAAUAACUAGCAUAGAUCUCAACAUAGACGAGACAUUGGUUGCUAGUGCGAGCGAUAUUGGAAAUAUAAUAAUACAUAGUAGGACUUCUCUGAUUCAGAGUAAUCUAACAGUACUUACUGGUCAGAACACAAAAAGCACGCAACCUAUGAACGUUCUCGAAUACUCACAUUUCAAGCGAGGACUCCUUGCUGCUGGGAGUGAAGACGGAUAUCUUCGAAUAUGGGAUACGAGUGCCUCGACAACAGCGUUACAGACGUUCGAAUCUGCUCAUUUUGGACCGGUCAGGGGAAUUGCCUUCUCGCCAUUUAAUUCGCAAUUAAUGUGUAGUAGUGGAAUGGACAAGCGAAUAGUACUAUAUGACGUGGGGAAAAGAUCAAUUUUGAAGAAUAUACACACAGAGUUUCCGUUGACGGCACUGGCAUUCAAGCCUGACGGAGUUACUAUAGCUGCUGGCACAUUACAAGGAAAGAUAAUAGUAUACGACCUCCGAUCCACUAGCAAAAGCGUCUGCACUUUACUUGGCCAUGAACCACAUCCUGUACAUUCUUUGUGUUUUCAGAUACCAGUGGAAAGGAACAAACCUCUUGAUAGAAAGUCUUCAUCGAGCAGACCCAAAAGUCAUAGUAGAAGUUCAUCCGGAAAGACACAAUUUAACACACCCAAGGCAAAUAGUUCAAUGCAAAGCGCGAAGGAAACAAAGGAUAAGAACUAUAUGGAAAUGUUUUCGCCUGUGAAGGACGGUGACGAUGCCAAAGACACUAAGGAUAUUCGUGCAUCGAUAAUGGGAGCGAUAAAUGGAGUAGUACUUUCACCAACUACGGAAUCUUUAGCAAUCAAGGCUGCCGCCGCAACUGCAGCAACCGUCAGAGCAACCACCGAAACUGCCAACACUACUGCAAUUACAAAAACGACAGACACUGUAAAAACCACCAAGACUGUCAAGUCUAUCAAACCCAUCAAAACUGUCAAAAAUUCUGCUGCGACUAUUGCAGCUACGCCCAAUAUUUCUCCAUCACCCAAACCAGCCGCCAAAGUUUCUUCAGAAGAACAAAAGAAUGACGUGCCCUCAUCGAACACUGCAAGCGGUGUGUCACAGUUUCAGUAUCAGGUACUGGAAAAUGUCAUCUCGGAAUGUCUACAUGAAUUUAGGACGGCAAUAAAAAAUGAUAUUCAGGAUAUGCACUUAGAGUUGCUGAGACAGUUUCAUAUACAAAAGACUGAUAUGGAACUUAUGUUUAUGAAGUAUUGUGGCGACACAGUGGCACUCAAGGAAGAAAUAACUAGACUUCGAGAAGAGAAUGAGCGAUUACGGAUGAGAUUACUAUAA